GUGGUCUUUUGCUACAAUUCACACUGCUGUUCAUGAUAGUUUUAUACUCUUCUCUCUCUUUUUGUUAAUAAUGUUGAAUUAAUGAUUGCACAUAUGAAAACAUGGAAUAAGAAGUGUAACUUGCAAGAUUGCUCCAACAUUACAAAAAAGAGGAAGGAAUGCUCUGCAAGUGUAGGUGAACACAAUUUGAAUGAGUACAAGAGGAAAUAAUGGUGUCUUCUCAAGUGCCGGAUCAUCAACAAAGUUAUUUGGUGAGAUGCAAGGCAAGUCCAACAUUACAAAAAAGAGGAAGGAAUGCUUUGCACGUCCAGGUGAAAGUGGUUCGAAUGAGAAUCCAACAGAAAAUGGCAGUGUCUCAUCAAGUGCUCAUUCAUCAACUAAGUUGUUUGGAAAUCUAAGACACCCAAUUUAGCUUGCUGAGAAUACCUUGAAAGAAGCUUUGAUUUGAAACAUUCAACUAACCGUUUAAAGAAUGGAGAAUCGGAAGUUGAAGUUAGUGGCAUAUAUCUUCGUACAACUUUAAAAUUUUUACUUGUUGCAUCGAUGUUCGAGGCUUGCGACUUGGGAAGCGCAGCAUUCAGAGAAAAAACUCAGUCAACUAAGAUCUAUAUUGCCACAUCAAAAAUCUUGAAGACAUGUGCCAUUUCAUUUGAGCAUAAUGGGGAGAUUGCUGCCGCCGCUCUUGCGUACAAAUGCAUGGAGGUAGCAUAUAUGAGAGUAAUAUUCUCUAUGAGCUUGCAUAUACAUAGAGAUAGUCACAAAUUACAAGCAUUUCUUCGUGGUCAUCCAUUCGGCCAAGAAUCAUCGUCAUUGUCUGCUAUUGAUGUAACCAAUGUCCGUGAGGAUGUCGCACCCCCUGAGUCUGAAGCGAAGGGAGUCAAGCCGCUUGCUAGCAGAGCUACCUGUAGCGGUCCACACCUCCUUAAUUAUUUAAGCUGAAUCUUAAAUCGUCUGCCAUUCCUUGUCUCUGAGUAAAAUCCUAGCAAGCUACUACUGAAAUGCGGAAAAAAUUAACUUGGAUAAUGUCUGGCUACUCAAGAUGCACUGAUGUUAGAUUUUCUCUAUUUCUUUCUAAAUCAGAAACUGAUAAUAGGAUUUCUCAAAUAUGUUUUGUAAUUAGAGGAAUUACAGGAUUAUAGAGCUUGAUUUGUA